CGCUCUAGGUUUCAGUUGCAGAAUCGACGCGAGAGAGUCAGACACGUAGCCGAUGUUGCGCAAAAAUUACAGCACCAAUUUUAGCAACAACAAUUUUUUUGUGCCAUUGUAACGUGAGACACAUACGGAGAUCAAUCUGAAAGCAGGGAAAGGUCUUCUGGGGACGUUUUUAUUUACAGGGUAAAGGGAUAAAAGCGCUGAGCCACUUUCUCUUUCCUUUCCUGUCCUCCCCUUUGUUUAGUCCUCCAGUGGCCUGUUCACUUCAGUUUCGCUGACUGAACGAGGCACUUCCUCUUAGAGUCUCAGCGCCUCCUUACGGAUCCCAGCGUGGCCUCGGUCCCCGCACCUGGAGUCUAAUGCUUGUGGAGGAUGAGUCCCGCACUAGAAGCUAUCAUGCAGGCGGAGCAACAGAGAUAUUCCAGCAAAGGGGUGCUGCUUGAGCCCUUUGUACACCAGGUGGGGGGUCACUCCUGCGUGCUCCGCUUCGGCGAGCAGACCAUCUGCAAGCCCCUCAUCCCCCGGGAACACCAGUUCUACAAGAGCCUCCCAGCCGAGAUGAGGAAGUUCACACCGCAGUACAGAGGUGUGGUAUCAGUUGGCUUUGAGGAGGAUGAGGAAGGGAACCUGUGCCUCAUCGCGUACCCCCUGCACAGUGAGCCAGGGAACCUCGAGAACAUGGACCCCACCGACUGCGAGCCCAAAAACAAGAUGAUGAAAUGGGGCAACAAGAAGCCAUCUGGUUUGCUCCUGGAGAGCGACAACUAUGGCAAGGACAGAACCAGACUGAUGCGCAAAGAGGACAAACUCAAAAGUCACAACCGUGAGGACCAUCAGCAGGCUGAGGUUCUGUACUACAGCUUGGAAAAAGGCAACAUGGUGCCACAAAUCAAGCACAACCCCUGGAGCCUCAAAUGCCACCAGCAGCACUUACAGAGGAUGAAGGAGAACUCCAAACACCGUAACCAGCACAAAUUCAUCCUGCUUGAGAACCUGACAUGGCGACACACAAUGCCCUGCGUGCUGGACCUGAAGAUGGGAACACGUCAGCAUGGGGACGAUGCCACGGAAGAGAAGAAGGCCAACCAGAUACGAAAGUGCCAGCAGAGCACGUCGGCCUCCAUUGGAGUACGGCUGUGUGGCAUGCAGGUAUAUCAGUCAGAGUCAGGGCAGCUCAUGUUCAUGAACAAGUACCAGGGGCGCAAGCUGACGCUGGCAGGCUUCAAAGAGGCGCUCUACCAGUUCUUUCAUGACGGGAGCCGACUGCGGCAGGAGCUGCUGUCUCCAGUACUGCGGCGGCUGCGUGAUAUGAAGGCUGCCCUGGAGUCCUGCGAGUCGUACCGCUUCUACUCCAGCUCACUGCUCAUCAUCUACGACGGCCAGCCUCCGCGUGUGCGUCGCCCGCGCCACAGAGGGGGCGAGGAGGGCGAGGAGGAUGAGCUCUCAGAGGAGGAGGAAGAGGAGGAGGGCCAGGGCUUCCCCUGCGGUGGUGCAGCAGCCAGCGGGAGUGGAGGCGGGGUGGGAGUGGCCAGCCGGUCUCCCGUCGGAGAGGGGAGCCCCUCGGUGGACGUGCGCAUGAUUGACUUUGCCCACACCACCUGCCGCCAUUACGGUGAGGACAGCGUGGUGCAUGAGGGCCAGGACAGUGGCUACAUCUUCGGCCUGCAGAACCUCAUCACCAUCAUUUCUGAGCUGGAGGACCACAGCGCAGACUAGGCCUCGCUCAGGCUCUGAACUUAAAACAUGUGGGCACAAAACCCACUCCUCCGUGUGUGAGUUCACACAUCUCGGGUUUCCCGGCUUCCCGCGAGAGCAUUUGGGAGAGCGAGAGGGACGUCCCUACACCUGGUGCCCGACCGGUUGGGACAGAACUGCUAGAGCUCUGCCAGGGCUCUGCCAGGUUUCUAUGACAGCACUACAGCUGCUCAUUAUGUGCAAGGGAUGGCAGCGGCGGCCAUUUUAGGAGGCGUCUAUGGUGUCUUCACUUGUUUACUGACUCAGAGCCCUCUACCCUUCGUCUACUGUUACACAUUUUUGUUCCUAGGCAAAACGACUUGAAGUCAAGUAGCAAUCAAAAGCUUACCCUGUAAAAUAAGAAGAAGCCUGUUACAGGCUCUGUGAUCCUUGAACCCUUGUUCAAGCUGCCUGUUCUAUAGAGAAUGGCAGGGUGGGGGUUCAUCCAUCAGACAUUUCACAUGUGUUCUGACCAGAUUCCAGAGGUGUGCAUCUACAGACUGCACAGUACUGCUGAAGGGUCUGGAAGUAAAGAGACCAAGUGAGAGAGAUGAUUUUCAACUGAAAGGAGAAGGAUUGACAGGUUCAAGGGAGAAAUGAACUUUACUUCAAUCAACCAACUCUCCCACUCCCUUAUACCCUGAAAGCUAAUGAAGGGAUGAUCUUAAGAAGAAUGAGAGACUAAAAUUUAUUUACAAGGGACAGCAUCAGCACAGUUUAUAUUUCCUGAUAUUCUGUCCCAGGCCUCUUCAUUCCUGCAGUGGUGGCAAAGGCAGAAACUAUAUUGAAAUAAAUAAUAGAACUAUAGAGACUAUACUUUAUUUAUUUGCCAUAUUUCUUAAAACAAACUAAAAUGAAGAAGACAUUCCAUAUUACUGUUUUUCAUGUUAUAAUAAUGAUAUUAAUAAAUAUUGUUAUUUGACAGAUACUUCUGUCUUAUAUACCUGUGUCAACAGUAUGUUGGAGGAAAAAUAAAAAAAUGAUUUCUUUGCUGUAAA